UGGUGGUCACGGUGUUUCCGUUUCGUCGUACGGCGCAUGCGCAGUGUACUGUAUUGUGUUUGCUAAAGAUGGCGUUGAGUAAAACAUUCGGCCAAAAGCCGAUAAAAUUUCAACUCGAAGAAGAUGGCGAUUUUUACAUGAUAGGUUCAGAGGUAGGAAAUUAUCUGCGUAUGUUCAGAGGAUCUCUGUACAAAAGAUACCCGUCACUGUGGCGCAGACUCGCUUCAGUAGAGGAGAGGAAAAAAAUCGCAGCAUCGUCACACGCCACCAGUGUGACUCUGCUGAAGGCGUCUGAGUGUGAAGAGAUCUUCGAGGGCAACGAUGAAAAGUACAAGGCAGUGUCCAUCAGCACCGAACCUCCAGCCUACCUCAGGGAGCAGAAGGCCAAGAGGAACAGUCAGUGGGUCCCCACGCUCCCAAACAGUUCCCACCAUCUGGACGCUGUGCCUUGCUCCACCACGAUCAACCGAAAUCGUAUGGGACGUGACAAGAAAAGGACGUUUCCUCUGUGCUUUGAUGACCACGACCCUGCAGUGAUCCAUGAAAAUGCCUCACAGACAGAGGUUCUUGUUCCAAUCCGAUUGGACAUGGAGAUCGACGGCCAGAAGCUCAGAGACGCCUUCACCUGGAACAUGAACGAAAAGCUGAUGACACCAGAGAUGUUUGCAGAGAUACUGUGUGAUGAUUUAGACCUGAACCCCCUGACCUUUGUCCCAGCCAUCGCCUCUGCCAUCCGGCAGCAGAUAGAGUCCUACCCUACUGACAGCAUCCUGGAUGAACAAACUGAUCAGAGAGUCAUCAUCAAGCUGAACAUCCACGUGGGAAACAUUUCUUUGGUGGACCAGUUUGAGUGGGACAUGUCAGAGAAGGAGAACUCUCCAGAAACUUUUGCACUGAAGCUGUGUUCUGAGCUCGGCCUCGGAGGAGAGUUCGUCACGACCAUCGCCUACAGUAUCCGAGGCCAGCUCAGCUGGCAUCAGAGGACGUACGCCUUCAGUUCUGUGGAUAUGGCUCACCCCCUAACCUGCACCCCACCACCAGAAUUUGCAGAAAUAGUUGUUUAUCUUCUGCGUUAUGAUUUAAUGAGGAUUAAAAGACUCAACAAGGCAGCAUGACAUAAUUGGUUCCAUAGAGAUUUUAAACUUGAGCGUUUUAUAGGGAAGUAAUCUGACACAACAUAAUGGUUGCGUGAGGUUUAAAAUAGGAGCAUUUUGGGGUUUUGUUCUUUGAUACUGCAUGUCUUUUUUUUUUUUCUUUUUUUUUUUUUUUCCCCCCAUGACAUGAUACAACCUCAACUUACAGUGCUAGGAAGUAAUGAUAAAACAAGAACUCUACAUUAACAGAUGACAGAGUUCUACCUUAACGUACAUCUGGUCUUAUUCUACAUGCCUUUGCUGCUUCCUAAUAUUUUCAGCCGUGAUACAAACACAACUAGGUUUAACACAGCAGGCAUCUUUAGUGGGUUUUUGUGAGCCACUUCUUAUUAUAGAUUAGAUUAUUUCUAUGCAGCAGUUCCUCAUUUUGGUAUUUUUGCAUAGAUUUAGCAUUAGUUGUGAAAUACGUCUAUGUGUCGUCCGUUCUUUAGCGUGACGUCGUGCACUGUUCUUACACAAUGACACCUUGUAUCUCACAGUGGUACUGGAGCGAUAUUUACAGGCACGGUAUUCAUUCAAAUAACCGAUUCAUCUUAAAAAUUGUUCUCUAAAUCGCAAAAAGAAUAGAACAAAUUAAAUAAUGACCCAAAUGUUUUCGAUCGUACUAAAUCGCACUCUGAUGCAUGGCCAUGGACUUUACGGUUCAUCUUAACGAGUAAAAACAGUCCAAACCUAACGGACCUGAAUAAAAUCUUAAACUAGCUGCUGCCUCUCAUUUACAGAAUAAUGUUAAAGGUUCUCAACGCUUAAAAAUGUCUCUCUUACUUUCUAACCGUAUUUUUCUCUCCCCCAAACCACGUACACUAAAAGUUUUCCCAGUCAAUGUCUCCAUUCGAUUAUAUUUCCUAAUCGUUGCAGUCAUGCCACACGAAGCAGGUUUAUUCUUUGUUUUUUAUGAUGUACAACGUGAACACUACAGCUAGUUCAUUACCAAUUGUACUGUUAUCAAAUUUGCGUUUGUUUGUUUAUUUAUUUAUUUAUUUUCGUUUUUCCUUCACAGCUGAUUGUUUUAAUUGUGUGUUAUUAGUAUAGUAACAUUCUGCAUGUACCAUCACAUUGCUUUUGCUAUUUUGGGCCGUUUAACACCAAGUGCCUUGAGGAGAGUUUGUUUUGCUGUAUGCUUAGUUUGCUCAGUAGUCAGAGACCAGAUAAAGGACCAGAAAAAAAUGUGAUGUAAUGAUUUAUUAUAUUGGCUCUGGCUUGUUUUUUUUUUUGUUUUUUUUUUUUUUUUAAUA